GUUAAGUGUAGUUAUUUUGUUCAGUGUACUAAGUUUUUAAAAAUAUUUUUAUAGUACUUUACCCACAGGCAAAAUGUCAUCUGCAAAGCGACCUUGUUCUGAGGUGGAAGGCUACCUUCAUCAAGUGUCCCCAGUACUGCAGUCUGUGAAGGCAAAAUAUUUCACUGCUGUGCUCCAGGAGGCUGACCGCAAUACUCGUGUUGUGGUAUUUGACAUGCAGCACCACAAUGUUUUUCAGUGUGUGGAGAAAGACAGGCAAGUGAUAGAACUGUGUCUCUUAGAUAAUUUGUUUAUUGUUUUACAACAGCAGCAUGUCAUCCUUGCUCACAGUAUUGUUUGAAUAUGUAUUGGCUGUAGCUAAUCCAUUCGGCAGCAGCAUAGCACUUCUACUUUGCCAAGACCUAGCAUUUACAUUGUCAAAUCCUUUGACUGAUUUUGUUUUAAUGUCCUCUUACAGGAGUCCUGUGAAACUAAGUGGAGUAAGAUUAAGCCCCUCUCUUCAAAAUCAGGGAAGAGACGAUGUCCUUGUCAAUAGCUACAGCAGAGUUUCCAUCAUUAGACGGUUACCGUUUGCUUUUGAUGAUGGUCUGAGAGCUACCAGUGACUCCAAAACACUAAGAGACAUUGCAAAUGAUGUCAGGCAAUAUCAGCGGGUGACUGUCCAAGUCAAAGUGGUAAGGCUCUUGUUCCAGAAGCAGACCCUGACUCGCCAUAACCAGCAAGUGUUGAGGAAAACGUACCGCAUUGCUGACAAGACUCUCAGCAUGACCUUAAGUGUCUGGGGUGAUGGUCAUAUUGAUGUUGGACAUUGGUGUGAGCUGCAGAAUGUUUCUGUGAGGAAGAUUGGUACAAAGCCAUGCCUUUCAACCACUCUGCAGACCAAGAUGACGCGUCUGAAGGAUUUGGGUUGUUUCAUUGAGACUGCUGAAGAUGACAUUGUCACCAUGGAGGGAGAAAUUGUCGACACCCAAAUAAGAGUGAGUCAUUUAUGUCCAAAGUUCCACAAAAUGAAUACGGUAAAUGCCUCUACGUUAAUGAAUUAUUGUAAUCAGUGUGAUGCCUUCUGUAAAACGACGAAAAUCAAGUCCAUUUUGAAUGGACAUAUAACAAUUGAUGUAAAGUCCACUCACAACAAAAUUGUGAUGGAUGAUGGUAAUUUCCGUCAGCUCUUAAAUUUCUCCCAAGAGUUUAAAGAGAAUACUGAUGACCUGGCAUCCCAAAUUUUGAGCCACGACAAUCUGAAAGUUGAAAUGUUUGAUCAUGAAGUUUUACGUGCAGUGUUCAUUAAAGUUGGUGAAUGUAGCAGUGCUGUUCCUGGUAGUAGCAGUUCAAAUGCAACCAUGGCAACCCCCGUCAAGUGAGCCGUCAUCUGCAAAUGCAUGGUCAAGCCAGCCGGCGCCUAAAUUGUGAUGCACGUCAUUUUGUAACAUUACGGUACGGAUACUUGCAGCGGCCAGAAAACUGUCAUAGACCUACGCGAUUCGACUUCGCGCGCGCGCUGAAAGAUUUGACGAACGCAUGACGUCAAAGUACCGCGAGAGCGGCUCGAGAAAUAUUACGGAGGCUAAUUUCGACUUGCUCUCGCGGUGUUUGACGUCAUCCGCCUGUCAUUUUUUGCUAUUUAAUCGGUUCAUUUACCCAAUAACAAGAUAAACGUAUUAACAACGUA